AUGGCAUUCAGAAAUUAUCCUCCUUGGAGUACAUUCAACCGCCCUCCGGCUGGUGUUCUGGCCAGCGCCAACAGCAACCGAAUUAUUCUCGGUUGGGAUAAAGGUGAGAGAGUCGCUUUAAAAAUAAUUCCGUUUAAACCGGGCGAGAUUGGGGAUGAACAAAUCGAGCGCUAUUGGGAAAAUCUAAUCAAGUUACGUGAUGAUAAUCUGGUCCAGUAUCGCAGUUUUACGCUACAAGAUGAUGGCAGAUACCUUGCGAUGGAGUUGUGUCAGGGAUCAAUGCUCGACUACUGUCGGGGGACAUUAGACAGUGCAGUUGCGUCAAUCGUUAAAGCAAUCGACAUUAUGUGGCAAAUUACCUGCGCUGUUGAGUACCUUGAUCGCCAAAAAAUAGGGCACGGAGAUUUGAAACCGGAAAAUGUGCUCUUCAAAAUAAUCGAUUCUGAACCCCGGCGGGUUGUUGCCAAGUUAUCCGGCUAUGGAUACAACCAUCUGCAAUCUAGGGAUAACGUCAAGACUGAUUUCUCUCAACUCAGCUACUUGUAUGUUUCCGCUGCCACUAAAAAGGAGGUCAGACCAAACGGAGCUCUCGCCACCUCGAAUUUGACAGAAAUCGAUAUUGAGGCCAAAAAACUUGCGUUAGAAUUGAUUAAUCUUGUGACUAAUCCAUUUAGUCUUGAAGCUGGCACAUUGCUGCGACACCCAUUUUUUAUCCUUAACUGCCAAUUCGCGUUACCAAGGCUAAUCAAAGAGCAGACAAAUGAGGAUAUUAGACGUGGAUUGCAAAAUUACGAUAACUUGAAAAAUUGGAAAACAUCUUUGGUUAACCCCCAGCCCCUUCAUGAAAAUUUCAGCGUUCUAGAAACAAUCCUUUUAGACAAUGAUAACAUAGAAACAUCGUUAAAUGAUGCGUUCUCAAAAACACCUCAACUUCUUUCGCAAUACAUUUGGCAUGUUUCCACUACCUUGGCAGCGCUCCCUAAAGGAGAUAAUCAAAGAUCGCGUCUGGAACUAAGAAAGCCUCUAGGACAUGGGAGUUUUGGAGAAGUGUACAAAUGUUUUUAUACCAAUAAUGAGGAAAUACGAUUUCUGGCCGCUUGCAAAUAUAGUAAACCGAACGACGACGACGCAGGCAAAGUAUUUAAACGUGAAAUCCGUACCCUUUCGCAGCUGAACCAUUUAUUCAUCAUCAAGUACCUAGAAGUCGUGGAAAUGAAAAACAAACAAUAUAUCGUAAUGGAAUUGUGCGAGGGCUCCUUAAGGGACUACGUUGAAGGAAAGCUGGUACAAGUUCCUGAAGGCUCGCUGAAUGACAAAAUAAUAAUAAGUCAAGUAUCCCUUGGCCUUGCCUACAUGCACAGCAAAGGAAUUAUCCACAAGGAUUUAAAGCUGGAAAACAUCCUUCUCAAACGUCAUUCACCUGCAUCCCGUCUCGUGUUGGCUAAAAUCGCUGAUUUCGGAUUCGCUAAAGAACUGAAACCGGAAUCUUCCAGUUUUAGUAACACCAACCAUCCAGGCACACUAUCUUACAUGCCACCUGAACUUCUCUCAAUUUCGCAUGGUACUUAUCCAGCCACUUUUGAUAGCGACAUUUAUGCUUUGGGCAUGACAAUUGCGCGGAUUGCGUUGAAAGGAAAACAUCCUUUCACCCCCAACAGACAACAACAAUUUGAUUCCAUGAGACAGGGUCUGGUUCUUCCAAAUCUUCAACAUCUCAGCUGGGACUUGAUUGAUUUAAUCGUCAAAUUAACAGAUAAAGAUCCAGCAAAACGUCCUAUCAUAGCCUUAGUUUUGUGCCAUCCUUAUUUCACCUUGACAAAUAACAAGACCAGAAGACAUUUCGUCGAUCGGCUUUUGACUGAUUUAAAUUCGGAGAAUAGAAAAGAUCAAAUGAAAAAAAUAUUCAACAACCACAAUUUCCAGAAAUGGUACAACACCAUCAUUACUGAUAAGCCAGAAACUUUCGAAGAGACCCAAGAAAUGGAGAAAACCUUAGAAAUGUUCAAAAGCAUUCAACCAGAUUCUACAGUCGAAAGCUUGUAUACCAAACAAUACAAGCAAACGAUUAAGAAUGCUUUGAAGGCGGAAUACGAUGCUAACGUUGGAAACGAGAUCGAUCAGAUCUCUUCAAAUCACGGUCUGUGUGGUCACGAUUAUUCCAAAAAUCGCACAAUCUCGAGGCUUGAUCCCACAAUGGUUUUCAAAGAAGAUAAUUCUGAAAACAAAGACCAAUCCGGAAUACAAACUAAUCAGAAAACUUCCAAACACUAUCUUCAACAACAAUUUUCCCGAAAUCGAUUGCACAAGAUGGUUGAAAAGAAACCGGUGCUUAUGGUGUCGUAUUUCUGGUCUUGCUUAGCCGACAUGAUCAACAACUCGCCCAUCAAUCUGUCGGAGACAACAACUGAUCAGCAAAACCUGACUUCGUCGGGCGGAAGAAGACACCAAUUGGCGCAAUUCAAAAAUUGGAUUACUAACGAGUUGCAAUGGACCAGUUUUUUCUACGAUAACGAACAAAUCGCCGACGAGCUAUGGAACAUGAAGUAUCCCGAAACUAACGAAACCUCCCAAGAAACAAAAAAAGAAAUUAUACGAACAGCGGCCAAAUGCAACAUCUCACCAGUCGUAUGGUCAAAAUUGCUGAAUUGGAUGGGAACAAACGCUACUUCAAUGCUCCUUCGUGAAAUAGUUCAAAGCCACCUUCAACAUGCUCCGAAAAUUGCAGAGAUGAUUCUACAAAAACAUUGGUUCAAGGAAGAAAAUCUCUCUUCAUUUCAUUUGGCGGCCUUUAAUGAAGGAAACUACGCGGAUGAAAUCAUGAAAGCGCUUUUCGAUAACAACAGAAGUCCAACAGUGACUGAAGAUGGACUUACUCCGGCUCACAUCGCAGCCCAAAACGAGUCGAAUUGCGGAUGGAGGCUGUUAAAACUCCUGCUAGAGAAAGGUGCAAACCCAAACGCUAGGAUUCAAAACGGAACCACACCCGUCCAUUGGGCAGCCAUGAAUCAAGGGGAACAAGCAGCCGAAAUUCUAAAACUCCUACUCGAUUGUGGUGGCGAUUACGAUAAGAUGGACAAAAGUGGUCACAAGCCAAUUCAUUAUGCAACGAUGAAUACCAGUCAUUCAGCGCUUAAACUAUUGGACUUGCUCCUCAAAAAACGAGAUGCCAACAUCGUCGACAGCACUGGAAGGACAUUACUUCACUUUGCAGUGUUAAACGAAGGAGACUGUGCACAAGAAAUCGUGCAAAAACUACUAGAAAAUGGGGGAAGUCCCAAUAUCAAUGAUAAUGAAAAAAGUACCCCACUUCAUCUAGCAGUAAGAAACGACAAAAUUCAUCAACUUAAAUUGAUGCGAAUUCUUCUACAAAACAGCGGCGAUCCGAAUGCUGUUGACCAAUCAGGAUUGACACCUGUUCACUACGCAGCGGCUAGUGAAAAUGAAUAUGCCCAUGAAAAACUUAAACUUUUGUUAGCUUUUAAGGGAAAUUUGAUUUUUCAAGACAAAGACGGACUCACACCUAUUCAUUAUACCAUCAUCAACAAAGGGAAAUGUGGGGACGAAAUGAGAAAACUAGUUUGCGUCGACCCGGAAAAAACAAACGCUCACCUCAACAGCAAUGGUGAGACGCUCCUCCAUCGCCUCGUCAGUAAAAAUGACGGCCAACUGGAACUUGUUCAACUGGUAAUCGACAAUGGAGGCAAUCCGAACGCAACAGACAAGUUUGGGCGUUCACCUGUUCAUUCAGUCGUCCUGCUGAACGAAUCACUUGCGGGACUAGACAUUUUGCGUCUGCUGCUUGCAAACAGAGGAAACGUUAACCUUCAGGACAGGGGAAAAAAAUUUACGCCUGUUCACUAUGUGUCAUCUAGCUUGAGAGGAAGAUUACCUGAAAAAUUGGAAAUUCUCCUCGACCACGGCGGAGAAGCAAACACUCAGGGAAAUGACGGGACCACGCCCCUACAUUUGGCGGUUGCGAAUUCAGGAAUUUACGGACCUCAACUGACGAGAGUGUUACUCAAAUCUGGAGCUAACGUGAAUGCCAUUGAUGCUAAUCAACGGACACCAUUGCAUGAAGCAAUUAGAAAUGAAAACGAUGACAUUGGUUUCGACGCGAUCCAGCAGCUGGUCGAAAAAGGUGCAAAUCCGAACGCUCGCGACAGCAAAGGAUGCACGCCGAUCCAUUACGCUGUUCAACAUAGAAGACGCAACUCGGUCAAAGUGGUGGAACUUCUGUUGCAACACGGAGGAAACCUGAACAUCGCAGACAAUGAAGGGAUGACACCACACCGUCUAGCCAAAUACUGCCUGCCCGAAUGCUUGCCCCUCCAACAAACAUCUAAAUGACGAAGAAUAAGACAAUUCUUUGUACGGAAGGUGGUGCAGCAAUUACCCUUUUUUAACGUAGUCAUUUUAUAGCAUUAAAAAUUCAAUUUUCAUUAUGCUGAUAAACGGGGAAAAAAUUUUCUAGUGCUUAAUCAAAGACAAUACAAUAACUGUUAACCGACAAAUACUAUCCAAUAACUUCUGAACCUAAAUUGGCAAGAGACUUACUUGAACACAGACGAAUACCCAAUUGCCCCUGAUACCCAUCUAAGUCCUCCCAACGUUUCUAAACGAAAAAGGACAAUAUCCAAGUAAAAAUAACUGCCGGACAAAUGCAAAAACCUAGCACGGUAGUGAUAACUAAUGUUGAAUAAGAACCCAUUAAGCAGUUGUUGACAAACGGCCUGAGUUAGUGAAAUUGCCCGAUCUCACUAGUUUGUGGAGUUUAAAAAUGCAAAGUAUGAGUGAUUUAAGAACGAAUUCCGUGGAAAAAGGUCACUGGAUUUCAAAU